AUGGCCUCGCCGCAGGGGGACGCCUCCCCGCUCUUUGCCGGGGAUGCCGAGGCCGCGCGCUCCGCCGAGGUGGAGGUCCGUGACCUUUACUACACAAUCCGGGGCAAGAAGAAGAACGACGUGCCGCGCGAGGUGCUCAAGGGCAUCAGCUGCUCGUUCCCGUCUGGGAGGCUCUCCGCCAUGAUGGGCGCCAGUGGCUCUGGCAAGACCUCGCUGCUGACGCUGAUGCGGGGCCUGUCGUCCCCCGGCUCCGAGCUCCGCGGCGGCAUCUUCUGCAACGGCAGGCCGGUGUCGAUCGACCUCAUGCGCAGCAUCAGCAGCGUCGUGCCCCAGGAGGACGUCUUCCUCAGCGCGCUCACAGUGCGGGAGACCCUGGCCUACGCGGCCCAGCUGAGGCUGCCGCCUGGGUGCAAGAAGGCGGACUGGGACGCGAGGGUCGAGCACAUCCUGGCGCUGCUGAAGCUCGGGCCUUGCGCCGAGGCGAUGGUCGGGGACGACAGGCUGGGCAUCCGCGGCAUCUCCGGGGGCGAGCGGCGCCGACUCAGCAUCGGCACGGCGGUGAUCGGGGGGCUGCCGCAGCUGCUGCUCUGUGACGAGCCCACCAGCGGCCUCGACUCUGCCGCCGCGCACGGCAUCGUGGCGUUCCUGAAGUCGUUGGCGGACCGCGGGGUGACCGUGCUGUGCGCAAUCCUAGCCGUCGUACCCGAUCUUUUGCCAGUUCAGCCACCUGCUCCUGCUGCAGGCGGGGGAGGCCGUCUACAGCGGCAGGCUGGGCGACGUGGAGCAGCACUUCGCCGGCCACGGGGCGCCGACGCCGGAGAAGACCAACCCGGCGCACCACUACAUCCAUCUCCGAGAUCCAGGAGCGCGGCGGCGAGUGGGCGGAGCGCUGGCGGGGCUCGGCGCCACGGCUGCCAGCCCUGCCCCCGUCCUCGGACCUCCCGCGCGGCCAGACGCCCCGGGGCGGGAAGAGCAGCCUGA